CAAACGUUGCAUUAGAUCCCUAACAGAUGUCAACAUGAGCUCCAGUCAAGGUCCCUUCCAGUUCUCUUCUGGAUCCCUCAGGAGUACUGCAAGGUACAACUUGGCCCAUAUAGAAAGUUUCUAUAGACCUUCAAGUACAGGUGCUGGGGUCAGCAGCAUGCAUGCCUCCCUCUUCUCUACCCGACCCCCUGGAGUGGGGGCAUCUUGGGGAAGUACUGGUGCGAGCCAUGGAGAUAGCAUUUUCCUGGGUGGGAAUGAAAAGCAGAUGAUGCAGAACCUGAAUGACCGUUUGGCUGCCUAUCUGGACAAAGUACGUUCUCUGGAAGCAGCCAAUGCUCAGCUUGAAAGCUGCAUCGUGGAAUGGCACAAGAAAAGAUCUCAUGGAAAGAGGUAUGACUUCAAUCAGUUUGAGCAAAGCAUCGCUGACAUGCAAGGACAGAUUCAGGAUGGCAAAAUCAGCAAUGCCAGUGUUCUUCUGCAGAUUGAUAAUGCUAAACUAGCAUCUGAAGAAUUCAGACUCAAGUAUGAAGCAGAAAAAUACCAAAGGGAAGGAGUGCAAUUUGACGUUGAAAACUUGCGUAAGGAACUUGACAACCUGACCAUUGUUACAACAGAUCUGGAAAUGGAAAUUGAAGGUUUGAGGGAAGAGCACAUACUCAGGAAGAAAGACCACGAGGCGGAUAUGCACGAACAACGUUCAACCAAGGAUGUCAAUGUCAAUGUGAAGGUGAAAGCAACACCACCAGAAGAUUUGACCAAGAUUCUAGCAGGGAUAAGAGAGGAUUAUGAAGCCAUUAUUGAAAAGAACCGCCGAGGCCUUGAUGUCUGGUACAAACAGCAGACUUCAGCAGCAUCCCUGGCAGUGACCAACAGCCCAGAACAACUACAGAACAAUGACAAAGAGAUCAAGAACCUGAAGCGCAAUUUCCAGGCCCUGGAGAUUGAGCUGCAGGCACAGUUAAGCAAGAAACAUGCCCUGGAAAAUACCUUGUCUGAGACCCGAGCUCACUAUGCCUCUAGGCUGCAGAAUAUACAAGAGUUCAUCUCCAAAUGUGAGGAAGAACUGAGUGAGCUCCGUCAUGAUGUCAGGUGCCAAAGCAACAAGUACAAGGUUCUUCUUGGGAUCAAAACCCGCCUGGAGAGAGAGAUUUCCACUUACCAGCUGCUGUUGGAGGGAAGGACUGAUGAGAUAACAAGGAACUUUGAAUCAAGUGCUAAAGAACACACUGCAUCAACUGACCACAGGCUGAAGACAAUUGUGCAAGACAGUGUGGAUGGACAGGUGGUGUCAACCACCAUACAUGAGAUCCACCAUUGGCAGGACCUUUGGAAGAUCGUGGCAAAAUUUGGUUGCCUGCAGAAAUUCAUCACUGUGGUUUGGCAAUUCUAUGAUGGUGUGCUUGCUCAUGUUGUGGAUGACAAGGCCUUUCAUGAAUGUGACACUGGGAUUGACAUCAGUUACCAGACUGAGGGCAAACUCUUCAAUUUGAGGAGACUACAGGUGAAGACAAAGUUACAGGAAGUGACUGUUUGUGAUCUUCUGUUUGAUGAUGACUGUUCCUUGAAUGCCAGAUCUGAGUCUGACAUGUAA